AUGUCGGAUCAGGUAGAAGCUCCAACUACAGACAAUGCAAGCAGCAAGAUCAAUCCUGUGUUGAAGUCUUCGGACAUGCCUGAGGAAAUGAAAACUAAGGUUUAUGAACUUGCACAGAGUGCUCUUGAUAGCAGUAAGAAAGCCGUUGAUAUUGCUGCCUCAAUGAAAAAGGAGAUGGAUAAAACAUACGGCCCUACCUGGCAUGCUAUAGUGGGAAAAAGCUUUGGGUCAUUUGUGUCUCAUGAAAGUGGCAACUUCAUUUAUUUCUAUGUGGACAACUUGGCAUUUCUUCUUUUCAAAACCGCUUAA